AAACACGUGCGGUUCACAUUUCGUUCAAAAUGGUUAAACUAAGGAAACAGAGAAGAAGGAAAGUUUACCGACACAAUGUUAAUAGAAAAAGGCUUCGUAACAAAAUCAACAACCCUGGAUCUAUUGGCUGUAAAGACGUAAAAGAUGCUUGGGAUCACAGUAAGUCAAUACCCACAAACAUGAAGGCUAUGGGCUUGUCCUAUAAUCCAAAUGACACAAUUAAAAUUCCUAACAACAAAAACAAUUAUAAAGCAUCAAUUAUGUCAAAUGAAGAAUUUGAAUGGCAAGAAGAAGAUCUAGAAGAGGAUCAGUUACCAAACAAAGCAUUUGUUGUAGAGGCUUUAGAAGCUGAUGCUAAAGCUCCAAGAGUAAAAAAAUUCAGGUUACCCAACAGUGCCCUUGAAUGGGUAAAAUAUUUAUUAAAAAAGUAUGGACAUGAUUAUAAAGCUAUGGCAAAAGACAGGAAAAAUUAUAAUCAAGAUACGUGGAAGCAAAUAAGGCAAAAAGUUAGGACAUUUAAAAAAAUCCCUGAGCAAUCUAGUGAAUUUUUAAAGGAAAUUGGUAUGGAGAGUGAAGAAAAUGUAGAUAUGUCAGAUGAUGAAUUGUAAUAAUUU